GACUGAAAAAUGUUUGUAAAGUAAAUGGAGUAAAGCUGGAGGAAGCAGAAUCCAGAAGAUAAACAUACAGUGGUCUGGAUUAAUUUGAGUACGAAAACUGAACAUAACGAUAAAUUUUCGAGCUUGGAUUUGUUUUUAAUUGUAUUUGUGUCCAUAUCCUCUUUCUCUGCUCAACACCUGUCUUUUUCCCUUCUCCCAAAUGGUUUUGGGACCGAACGGGGUUAUUUUGAUGGAAGGUCAAGAUCCGGAACACUCGGUUCCUUGGCCCAGAACCACCUCCACCACCGCCGACGAAGCAGGGCCACCACCUGAAGUGGAUAACUUAGUCAUGGCUAGUGGUUCUCUCUCUGGUUUCAAACCUAUGCUUGACACUGACUGGUUCAUCAACUCUGCUUUAAACCCACCACCACCUCACCACGAUUCUUUCAACACCGCCACCAUGGAAACUCACCCAGAGCUCAGAGGUUUAAACGCUUUCUCUGAUAACAAUCUCCUUCUCCAGCCUUUAGAUUCGCAGGCCUUCACUCUCCUCAACCACAACAAGAACGGCAACAACAACAAUCCUUUUACGUAUGGCUUUGAUUUGUGUUGUGAAGCUGAUUUUAUUCAGCUGUUGAACCAGGCUCCAGAGCCCAGUUUGAUGGGCUUACCGUCUCAGAUUUGUACUACUCCUGACUCUGAGUUUCAUGGGUUUAAUCCUUUUACUUAUUUUGAAGGUUUUGAUGGUUUGUAUUCUAACAACAACAACAAUAACAGCAGUAACAUUAAUAGUAGGUCUAAAGUGUGUUCACAUCCGACACUGUUUGAGAAGCGAGCUACGUUGAGGCAGAGCUCUGGUAAGUUGGAAAAUUUAGAAAUUUUGGGAGGGAAUUUGAUGGAGAGUAAGAGUAAGAAAAGUGAGGAGACCAGUAUUGACAAUUCGGGUUUGAAAUAUGAGUCUGAUGAGUAUAAUACUAUGGUUGAGGAAAGCAUGAAAAAUUGGAAUGGAAAUAGCAGUGUGAGUGGUGGGGACAAUAAAGGAAAAAAGAAAGGUUUGCCUGCAAAAAAUUUGAUGGCCGAGAGGAGGAGAAGGAAGAAGCUUAAUGAUAGGCUUUACAUGCUCAGGUCUGUUGUACCCAAGAUUAGCAAGAUGGAUAGAGCUUCAAUACUUGGGGAUGCCAUUGACUACUUGAAAGAGCUUCUCCAGAGAAUCAACGAUCUCCAUAAUGAAUUAGAGUCAAGCCCAUCUGGUUCUUUCAAGUUGCCUUCUACCAGCAUUCAGCCUAUGACUCCUACUCCACCUACGCUUCCCUCCCGUGUCAAGGAAGAGCUAUGCCCGAGUCCUAAAGGCGAACCUGCAAAGGUGGAGGUUAAGGUAAGGGAAGGAAGGGCAGUUAGCGUCCACAUGUUUUGUGCCUGCAGACCAGGUCUUUUACUCUCCACCAUAAGAGCUCUAGAUAACCUUGGUUUGGACAUUCAGCAGGCUGUCAUCAGCUGUUUCAAUGGGUUUGCACUUGAUGUCUUCCGGGCUGAGCAAUGGAGGGAAGGCCAGGAUGUGUUGCCCAAGCAAAUUGAAUCAGUACUUCUGGAUACAGCCGGUUUCCCUGAAAUGAUGUAACUCUUCUGUACAUGCAACCAUCUGUACUAGUGGAGGAACUGUAGUUCUAUACCUCAAGUAGUUUGUAAAUGAGAUUCACUUUUCAUUUCCAUUCCUAGAGGUACAGUGUGAAUAAGACCAAUUGAUGUAGUUGGAAGAGAUAGUUAGGUUGGUUAAUCAUCUUUGGUGGGUUGUAUUUUGUCAUAGAGCAGAAAGUUGUUUUGGAAUUUCAGUUUUUAGAAUAAAAUUUCUGUUUUAGUUGUUUGAUUAGCAUGAACAAUAGUUAAUUCUUGUGAAUUUCUGCAAUAUCUGCAACUUUUUUCCCUGCUA